UUAGGUUACCGUCCUAUUCCAACAGACCCUUACCUGGGCGGGAAUUCGCCCUUGCCACCCCCUGUAAGUGACAGGAUGAGAAAGAGACGGGCUUUUGCUGAUAAAGAGUUGGAAAACAUUAUGCUAGAAAGAGAGUAUAAAGAGAGAGAGAUGAUGGAAGCUACACAAGCAGCUGCCCUUUUUCUCCCUAACCGCAUGGUGCAUGGAGCUGAAUACAACUCGUAUAAAACAGCUUUCAACACUACUCAAGUUGAUACUCCAAACAAGGAGUUUUGCAAUUUUUUGCCAACCUGCCUUGAUCUAACCAUGCAGUAUUCAGGAUCCAGCAACAUGGAACUAAUUUCUUCAAAUGUCAGUGUAGCUACUACCUACAGGCAGUAUCCCCUGCCUUCUAGGUUCUUAGUGUGGCCAAAAUGUGGCCCCAUUAGCGAUGCUCUCCUCUACCAGCAAUGCCUGUUAAACGCUACUACUGUCCAAGCUCUCAAACCUGGGGCAGGCUGGGAUGCCAAGGUCUCACAAAGUCAGGACUGUCCAAACACUGAGCACGACGUCAUGUCUCCAAAACUGGAAAAUUCACUCCUUCUGACUCACACGCAAGACAUUCAGCCAUCGUGUAAUGAGAUACCGUGCCUUCCUCAGGAAGCUCGUGAGAGGUCAGCUUUCUCACCUCCAAAAAAGACUUUCUCUCAGAUUUCUGAUAAGGAUUCUCUGGCUCCUCAGGAACAGGUGUUAAGCAAGAUCAGCAAGGACAGUGCCAAGCCCCUUCCACCGCUCAAAUACAAUACCUUUCAGUCGCUGUUCCAGCAAACGUUUCCUGACAGAUCAGGAGCAGAGUUGAGAACAUCAUUUGUGAAAGAGACUUUUGAAGAUGCUUCUAAGAAAUACAGAGAGUGUGCCAUUAAAGAGAACCAAAAAUACAAGUUUACAAUAGACAGCUGCGCAAAAGACUUCUGUGGGGCCAAACAGGCCACAACAAAACUUUCAACAACUGAGCCACUGUCAUUUUCAGUUGAAUCCAUUCUUAAACGACCUUCUUCUGCAGUUGCUAAUGUAUCUCAAUGA